AUUUACAAUCAUCAACACAGCCUGGAAAGUUUUCACAUUACCAUUGCCUCUUUUAGAUUAAAGGACUAAUUGACUUUGUCAAAUUUAAUGUUAAGAGCAUCACAAUCAUCAAUAACUGGACAGAAUUUUUCUCAUCACCCAGUUGUAUUACUUCCUACUGGAGGGUAUGAGAUCGACUGAAAGUCAAUACAAAAGCUUAUCCUCCAUUUUUUAUCUUUGUGAUUUCUAACAGUCUAGAAAUGGAAAAUGUUGUGGCACCUUUAAUGAGCUUUAGUGAAAGUUUAUACUCAUCAAUAGCUAAAAGGGUAGAUCAUGUAAAAAAUUUCAACCAGAGAAUUCAAGAAAUGGUGAUUAAACUUGAGGAGCUCAAGGAUAAAAGAGAUGACUUGAAGAAAGAGAUCGAGCAAGCCGAGUUAGGUGGAUUGAUGAGCACUAAACAAGUAAAAGGAUGGCUAGAUAAUGUGGAGAAAACAGAAGCUGAAGCACAUUUGAUCCUUGCACAACCAAUAAUGCAGCAAGGGAUGUGCUGCAAAAAACCAAGUUGUUCUUCUAGAUACAGGCUCAGCAAGAAAGCCCUGCAGAAGGAAAGAGAAAUCAGUGACCUGAUCACCAAAAAGGCCAGCUUGGAUGUGGCUGUGCGGGACUUGCUGCGUAUUGAUCCGAAACCGUGUGUGCCUACUGUAGGCUUGAAUGCAGCAAUGGUAGUGGCACUUGAAACCAUUGCAGAUGAUGAAGCUCAAAUGAUAGGAAUUUAUGGUUUGGGUGGAGUAGGGAAGACAACGCUCUUGAAGAAGAUUAACAAUGAGUAUAUAUCAAGAACGAAUGAAUUUGAGGCGGUGAUAUGGGUGACAGUUUCUAAGGAUUUUAAUCAGGAAAGGAUACAACGCGUUCUUAUCUCAAGGUUGGGUUUGUCUGUGGAUGCUGCAGAAAGCCAGGAGAUGCUUACUUCGAGGAUAUAUAACUUUUUGAGGAGGAUUAAGUUCUUACUCCUGCUUGAUGAUGUGUGGCGAAGACUGGAUCUUGAAAAUAUAGGAAUACCUUUGCCUGAUGAGAGAAAUAAAUGCAAAGUGGUAUUCACAGCGUGCUCUGAAGAUGUUUGCAGUGACAUGGAUGCAAAUAAGAAGCUAAAAGUUGACUUCUUGAGUGAAGAGUAUUCAUGGUGCCUGUUCAGUGAGAAGGCGGGAGGGAUGGAUGUUGUGAAUUCAGAUCAUAUAAAGCCUCAUGCUGAAGCAAUUGUUAAAAGAUGUGGGGGUCUGCCACUUGCCCUUAUAACUGUCGGAAGGGCUAUGGCGAACAUGAAGACAGAAAAGGAAUGGGAGCAUGUAGUUGAAGUACUCAGCAAUGCUGCAUCAGAAAUCCGAGGUAUGGAGGAUGUUUUUACAAUAUUAAAGUUUAGUUACGACAGUCUGCAAGAUGAUACAUUGAAGAUGUGUUUCUUGUAUUGUGCAUUGUUUCCUGAGGACUAUCCUCUUGAGAAAGAGCAGCUUAUAGAUUAUUGGAUUGGGGAAGGAUUUUUAGAUGGUUCGAAUGUAUAUAGCCUUCAUAACAAGGGGCACGCGAUCAUUGGUUCUUUGAAGGUUACGUGCUUGCUAGAAACUGGCGAAGAUGACACCCAGAUAAAGAUGCAUGACAUUGUACGUAGCUUUGCCUUAUGGAUCGCAUCUAACAGAGGUCAGAACGUGGAGAAGGCUGUGGUACAAGGUUGCAAUGGACUACUAGAAUUACCAAGUGUCGAAAAAUGGGAUAAGGUAGAGAGGGCUUCGUUGCUGGGUAAUGAGAUAACCACCCUAUCAGCAGGGCUUGUCUGUCCUAACUUGUCAACCUUGUUGCUCCAUUGGAAUCGUAGUUUGAGCAAAAUCUCUAAUGAUUUUUUGCAACAUAUGCCAACUCUUAAGGUACUUGACUUAUCAGUAACGAGCAUCAGAGAACUCCCAGCGAGUGUUGGUCAACUAGUUGAAUUACGUUAUCUUGAUUUAUCAAGGACCAAGAUAGCUGCACUCCCACAAGAGUUAGGACAUCUAUCAAAGUUAAGGCACUUGGAUUUGCAACGAACUGAUUCACUGAAAAAAAUCCCUAGGGAGGCAAUAUUAGGACUUCGAAACCUGAGGGUCCUAAAUAUGUAUUACAGUUAUGGGGAAUGGGAAAUAUCACAUUGUGAGGUUGAAAGGCAGAUCAAAUUUCUGGACCUGCAAGAGUUGACACACCUAACUGCUCUUGGGAUUACAAUGACUGAAUUUUCUGCAUUGAUGAAGCUAUCUAACUUCUACCAUAUACUAGACUGUAUUGAGUAUCUUUUUAUCAAAGGAUGCGAAGGAUUAGUUUAUCUGAUGGUAGCCACUGAAUAUGGUGGUGGUGAAAGAUUAAGACGACUAAACAUCUAUGACUGCACCACUUUAAAAGAGAUAGACAUAGGUUGUGAAAGUGGAAAGGAUUGGCUUCCAAGCCUUGAGGUUCUAUCAUUACAUAACCUCCCCAACUUGACCACCAUCUGGAGGAACUCUGUAUCGCCAAAAUCUCACAGAAAUCUCCGCUUUAUCAAUAUAUGGUACUGCCACAAGUUGAAGAACGUCUCCUGGAUCAUCCAACUCCCGAGGCUUGAGAAAAUGUAUCUGUUUUAUUGUGAUGAAAUGGAAGAGAUUAUAGGAGAAAGUGAUGCAACAGAAGGAGCAUUGGAGCUACAAUUUCCUAGGCUUCAGACUAUAUCUUUUAGAGGCCUCCCUAGAUUGAGAAGUAUAUCUAAAGUGGCAAUAUCUUUCCCUAAACUGCAAACAUUAGCUCAUAUUGAUUGUCCACAGCUGAGGAAGUUACCAUCUACAGGAUAUGGUUUGUCAGAUUUACCAAUAGUGUACUGUAGUAGGGAAUGGUGGGAGAACUUAGAAUGGGAAGAUGUUGCUUCUAGCUCAACUUUACAUCCCCAAUUUAUAGCUAAUUGAUUCGAUAUUGUGGCUUUGAUUGUGAAUCAGGAACCGGAUUUCUAAAAACUGUUCUUGUCCUUCCUUCCCAGUUGAAUUGAAACUAUAGUAAUUGUAUUA